AUGCCUCCAGAGGACAGAACGGAAGUUGAACAAACUUUUGAUAACCAUCAUGUUGAGAUAUCAUCAAGCAACGACAAACAUGACGCAUCCUUUAUCAUUAAAUCAUCCUUUGAAUAUCGCACUCAUUUGGUGGAUUUAGACGCCACGCCUAAAAGAAGUUUGCCUCAAAAAAUUCAAAAUGUUCCUCUUAUCUAUCCUUCCAUUACUUAUUUGAUUUAUUUUGGUCGAGUCGUAGAACAUUUGUUCCUCACGAUAUUAUUUGAUUGGACUACUAUUUUCUCACAUCCCAUUAAUUUCAUGUUGAUGUUCGUGUUCUUUCCCUUAGCUACUGUUGUUUUAUUCUUUCUUGAAUGUAUCUUAAGGUUCGUGUCUUAUGUGACCAAACCUUCGGUUAAUGAACCCUUGCUUAAAAAUUGGUCGAAAUUGAUACCAUCAUUACGGGAAAAUAUUCAACGAGGAAUAGAUGCUCUCGAUGUAUCCCCGCUGGAUCAAUGUAAACAUAGAAAAAAAUUUGACUUGGACAAAGCACAGACAUUAUUAUUCCUCUUAAAUAUGUUAUCCGAAAGGGAUGAGGGAAAGGUUAAAGAGGCUUUCGCUAUGUUGCACAAUAUGAAAGAUGUUUUAAAAAAAGAACCUGAUGACAUAAAUAAUGAAAAUGUGAAAAAAAUUUUCAAAGUUCUAAUGGAAAGUGAAGCGAAUAUAUGUAAACAAUUAGAUGAAUUGGAUAUUGAAUUUACUUCAAUUUCCGAAUUGAAUUCUGUCGGAGGUCCAUACGCUGGGAUGUUUUGGUCUGAAAAAAGGAAUUUCAUCGUCCGUACGGAUGCAAGGUCUUAUUUGUUUGGAGAGAUCCAUGAAGGAUUUUACAGUUCCCUAUUCCCUAUUGAUGAAUACGAUUCAGCAAGACUUGAUAGAAGAUGCCCGGCAACAAGAAUUAUUGAAGCCGUUCAUAAAAGAGCCGAAAAAAUUCGAGAACGAAACGCAAAGGACAAUGAUAUGGCAUUUGAAGAUACUUCAAAAGUUUCGGUUUGGAUUACCGGACAUUCUUUAGGAGGAGCCUUGGCAACUAUCUUUUAUUCAAGGUUAUUAAAAUCUCCUCAAAGCUUAAAUGAACAUUGUAUAAUAAGAGAUGGCACAACUUUUGCUAGCCCGUCAAUUGGGGAUAGUGAUUUCGCGGCCGAAUUUUCAUCAUUAUCUAAUCGAUCACCUAGCGAAUAUAAAACAAUGUGGAGAAUUGUUUGCGACAAUGAUAUAGUACCACGCGUUCCUCCAGGUCAUCAUCAUCCAAGGUUACGGAGAUUUACCAGUAAAGUUCAUAUCUUGAAUUAUUUUCAUAUUGGGGAUGAAGCAAGAUUUUAUCAAGACGGUAGUAAACCUAAUUCCAUGCGUAACCUGUUCGAUGAUGAUAAAGAUUUCUAUUUUAUUGAAAAAGGUUUAGACUAUAAUUGGAAAAGUUUGUUCGGUUUUUAUGAUCCCUUCGAUCACAAACCUAGAAAAAAAUCGUAUGUGGAUCCUAGAUAUGAUAACGUUACUUUAUAUUCUUAUGAAAAAUGGUUGCCCAGUUUCAUCCACAAUCAUUUGUCUCAUCGUUACCUCGUCGCUUUAGAAAAGUCAAGACCAUUUUUCAAGAGUUUGGAUGAUGGAUCUUUUAAUGUCUAA